GGUGUGUUGUUUGCAAUGAAAUUUUGGUGAAACUCCCGUGUUCCAGAACAGGGUAUCAAUACUGAGAAUCAACGGGAAUGCUCACGAUGUGGCACAUUUACUCCAAUUGAGGUCUCAGCAGAUAGGAUUUUCCUCUGAAUCUUAGCAGAGCAGUCAAUUCACUCACCUAACCGAGACCCAGGCUUGCGUACCGGCAGAAAUUCUACCUUCCUCAGCCAGCCUUUUUCACACACGCACGAAAUCGAUUGCUACCCGCGCGUCAGCUUCUUCCAAACACGUACGCUUCUCACUCAGCUGGUGCAACCGCAAAGGGCUCGAGGAUUUUCAGAGGACGAAGCCAUGUCUGUGCCUCAUAGUCGCAGGAAACUACUACUCAUCGUCUGCUUUUGCUCCCUGCUCGUCCGCGUCAAGAUUGACGCGGCCGGCAGCGACGGUGCUGGCGGCGACCAGUUCGUAUACUCCGGCUUCGCUGGCGCCAACCUCAGGCUCGACGGUGCGGCCGUCGUCACGCGGCCCGCCGGCCUGCUCGAGCUCACCAACGGCACGCUCCGGCAGAAGGCCCACGCCAUCCACCCGGUGCCACUCCUCUUCCGCGAGGGGCGCAACGGCACGUCGGCUGCGCGGUCCUUCUCGGCGGCGUUCGUGUUCGGCAUCCUCUGCCCGGACCCGGACGCCUGCGGCCAUGGUAUCGUCCUCUUCGUAGCCCCAGCAAGCUACAACUUCUCCGCCGCGCUCCCGAGCCAGUACCUCGGCCUCGUCAACGACAGGACCAACGGCGACGCCGCCGACCACCUCUUCGGCGUCGAGGUUGACACCGACCAGAACAACGAGUUCCGCGACAUCAACGGCAACCACGUCGGCAUCGACGUCAACAGCCUCGUGUCCGUGUCCUCGGCCAGCGCCGGCUACUACGACGACCACGGCGGCGGUGCCUUCCGCAACCUGACGCUCGCGAGCGGCGAGGCCAUGCAGGUGUGGGUGGAAUACGACGGCGAGGAGAGACGGAUCAACGUGACACUAGCGCCCCUGAAAAUGGCCAAACCUGCCAAGCCGCUGCUCUCCACCGCGUACGACCUCUCCACGGUGCUCACCGACGUGGCGUACGUGGGCUUCUCGUCGGCGACGGGCUCGUUCAACUCGCGACACUACGUUCUCGGCUGGAGCUUUGCCAUGGACGGGCCUGCUCCGGCCAUUGACGUCGCCAAGCUGCCGAAGCUGCCCCGCUUUGGCCCGAAGCACCGAGACAUGGUGGCAGAGAUCGUCCCACCAAUAGCCACUGCAGCGUUCAUCUUGUCCGUGGGCACCAUUGCCAUUCUACUGCUCCGGAGACGGCUCCGGUACGUCGAGCUGCGGGAAGAUUGGGAGGUCGAGUUCGGGCCGCACCGGUUCUCGUACAAGGACUUGUUCCGUGCCACGGAUGGAUUCAAGAACAAGAACCUACUUGGUGUCGGAGGGUUUGGGAGGGUGUACAAGGGAGUGCUUCCCGUAUCAAAAUUGGAGAUCGCCGUCAAGAGGGUGUCGCACGACUCCAAGCAGGGCAUGAAGGAAUUCAUAGCAGAGGUUGUUAGCAUUGGCCGCCUGCGACAUCGUAAUCUCGUACAGUUACUUGGAUACUGCAGGAGAAAAGGUGAACUUCUCUUGGUCUACGAGUACAUGCCAAACGGGAGUCUUGAUAAGCAUCUGUAUGGUGACAGUGCUAAGCAAGUUCUGGAUUGGGACCAGAGGUUUCGGAUCAUCAAGGGGAUUGCGUCUGGGUUGCUUUAUCUUCACGAGGAGUGGGAGAAAGUUAUUAUCCAUCGAGACGUCAAGGCGAGUAAUGUGCUACUUGAUAAUGACAUGAAUGGUCGACUUGGUGACUUUGGUCUGGCAAGGUUGUAUGAUCAUGGUGCCGACCCGCACACAACUCAUGUGGUUGGCACCAUAGGAUACCUAGCUCCCGAGCUUGGUCGCUCCACUAAAGCAACCCCUCUAAUCGACGUUUUCGCCUUCGGCGUAUUCGUUCUCGAGGUCACUUGUGGGCAAAGGCCCAUCAAGCAAAAUUCACAUGGUGACCAGCUCGUGUUGGUUGACUGGGUUGUUCACCAUUGGCACAGAAGGUCACUAACUGAAACUGUGGAUGCUAGGCUCAAUGGAAGCUACAAUGUCGGUGAGGCAUCCCUAGCGCUCAACCUAGGUUUGCUGUGUUCACACCCCCUUUCCAAUGCGAGGCCUAGCAUGCGGCAAGUCGUCAAGUACCUAAAUGGAGACAUGCCACUACCGGAGAUGGCACCGACACACCAAAGCUUGGAAUCUCUUGCGCUGAUAAAGAACGGAGGGUUCGACUCAUACAUCAUGUCUUACCCCUCAUCAGUGGCAACCAUGACCACCAUGCCCUGCCUUUCAAGAGAAGGAAUGACAUGAAUUGAAUUCCAUGCUUGUUUUAUUUUUUGGUAUGUAUUUAUCGAUAUACUGGAUCCAUGAUGAAUAAUCGCUUUAAAUGUGUGAUUAGAUAUGAGAAGUCUGUAGUUAGUUUUUCUUUUCUUUUUUUUUUGGGCUGUCCAUAUAUCAUUCUCAUGAAACUUUUAGACAUAUAUCAUUUGGAUUUUUGACUGUCCGAUUAAACCA